UUUAAGAGUUGGUAGGUAUGCUGAGAGUGUUAGCCAUCGUUGAGUAACUUGGGAAAACACUUGCUGUCCUGAUUGGGACCUCUGAUCGAGGGCUGAAGACCUCCACAUAUAUCUGGGAACCUUCCACUGCUGCCUCAAGAUGAUGCGCAUUCGGCCGGCGGCGAGGAAUCUCGCCAGGCAACCCCUGAGAACAACAACGCCAUGUCGUCAAAUCGCUUCUCUGUCCCUCCUCUCACAUCGUGCUUCCCAGCCUCGUACAGUCACCAGAGAGUAUGCGACUGAGGCUGCUACUCCGCCUAGCCCAAAUGACAUUUUCGCCAAUGGAUCCAAUGCGUACUACGUUGAAGAGAUGUAUCGUCAUUGGAAACAGGAUGCCAAAUCGGUUCACGUCUCGUGGCAAACGUACUUUGCAGGACUCGACAAGGGUCUUCCAUCAGCCUCCGCGUACACUCCACCACCAGGCAUAGCUAGUGGACCCGCUAUGGCUAGUGGCGCUGUCUCUAGUAUCGACGUCUCGGCAAACAGUGGUGAAGUGACUGAUUACUUAAAGGUUCAACUCUUGGUCCGUGCUUAUCAAGUCACUGCCAACCACGUCGCCAAGCUCGAUCCACUGGGCAUCGCCGAUGCUGAUCUUGACACUCGGACCCCUCCAGAGCUCAAAUUGGAGUACUAUGGAUGGACAAAGGACGAUCUGAGCAAGGAGUUCAAAAUCAACAGUAUCCUACCACGAUUCGUCGGCAAGGUCCCCGAUGACACUAUGACCCUCGGGCAGAUCAUUGACGAGCUCACAAGGAUGUAUUGCUCGCACAUUGGUGUUCAAUACGUUCACAUCACCGAUCGAGGACAGUGCGACUGGAUCAGAGAACGUAUCGAGGUCCCUCAACAAUGGAACUAUACGACUGAGGAGAAACGAAUGAUCCUCGACCGUACCAUGUGGUCUGAGCUCUUUGAGAAAUUCAUCGCGUCAAAGUACCCCAAUGAGAAACGAUUUGGAUUGGAAGGUUGCGAAUCUUUGAUCCCCGGAAUGAAAGCUUUGAUCGACCGAUCAGUCGACGCGGGAGUCAAAUCCAUCGUCAUUGGUAUGCCUCAUCGUGGUCGUCUCAACGUGCUUGGAAACGUCAUUCGAAAACCCAUCGAAGCCAUCUUGAACGAAUUCGCAGGAAACGCCGACAAGGAUGACUCGGGCGGUGGAGAUGUCAAAUACCAUUUAGGUGCCAAUUAUGUCAGGCCCACACCUUCCGGUAAAAAGGUAUCGCUGUCUCUCGUUGCCAAUCCCUCGCAUUUGGAAGCUGAGGACCCCGUCGUCCUUGGAAAAACCCGCGCCAUACAACACUUUGAAGACGACGAGUCUUCACACACUACGGCUAUGGGAGUCUUGUUGCACGGAGAUGCCGCAUUUGCGGGACAGGGUGUCGUCUAUGAGACAAUGGGAAUGCAGAACCUGCCAAAUUAUGGAACGGGAGGAACCAUUCACUUGAUCGUCAACAAUCAAAUUGGAUUCACAACCGAUCCUCGAUUUGCAAGAUCCACCCCUUACCCCUCUGAUAUCGCCAAGGCCAUAGACGCCCCCAUCUUCCACGUCAAUGGAGACGAUGUUGAAGCUGUCAACUUUGUCUGCUGUCUCGCUGCCGAUUGGCGAGCCAAGUUCAAGAAGGACGUGGUUAUCGACAUUGUCUGUUACAGACGAUACGGACACAACGAAACCGAUCAGCCUUCUUUCACUCAACCUUUCAUGUACAAGGCCAUCCAGAAACAACCGACCGUUUUGACCCUUUACACUGACAAGCUCAUCAAAGAGGGAACGUUCACCGAGAAGGAAGUCGAUGAACACCGACAAUGGGUGUGGGGAAUGCUGGAAAAGGCCCAGGACGCAGCUCGAGACUACACACCAUCGCCCAGGGAAUGGCUCUCUUCGUCUUGGGAAGGUUUUCCCACCCCCAAAGAGCUCGCUGAAAACGUCUUGCCCCAUCUCCCCACUGGAUCCGAUGAGCAUACUCUGAAGCGAGUUGGAGAGGUCAUCUCCAGCUUCCCAGAAGGCUUCACGCCACACAAGAACCUCGCCCGUAUCAUUGCUUCGCGUGGCAAGGCAGUCUCAGAAGGAAAGGGCAUCGACUGGUCCACGGCAGAGGCACUCGCAUUUGGCGCCUUGUGUCUUGAAGGGACUCACGUACGAGUCUCUGGUCAAGAUGUUGAACGAGGAACCUUUUCUCAGCGCCAUGCGGUCGUUCAUGACCAGGAGAAUGAACAGACCUACGUCGCGCUCAAACAUCUUGGAAGCGAACAGGGCUCUUUCACCGUCACCAACUCACACUUGUCUGAAUUUGGUACCCUUGGAUUCGAGCUCGGUUACUCGCUCGUCUCGCCAAACAGUUUGACCAUUUGGGAAGCUCAGUUUGGAGACUUUAGUAACAGUGCACAGGUUAUCAUUGAUCAAUUUAUUUCCUCUGGAGAAAGGAAAUGGCUUCAAAGAACCGGAUUAGUCAUGUCCCUCCCUCAUGGAUAUGACGGUCAAGGUCCUGAACAUAGUUCUGGAAAGAUUGAGCGAUUCCUGUCUCUCGUGGACGACGAUCCGAGAGUCUAUCCAUCGCCUGAGAAGCUGGAGAGGGCCCACCAGGACUGCAACAUGCAGGUGGUGUACCCAAGUACACCAAGCAAUCUGUUCCAUGUCCUCCGACGUCAGAAUUUGAGGGAUUUCAGAAAGCCCUUGAUUCUCUUCUUCUCCAAAUCUCUUCUUCGACAUCCUCUCGUCAAAUCAGACCUAUCAGAAUUCAUCGGCGACUCAAGCUUUCAGAGAUAUCUACCGGAAACGGGUACGGACGACCUCGUCCCUCCAGAGCAGGCUAGGCGGGUAUUGCUGUGUACAGGACAAGUAUACUAUCAACUACUCAAGGAGCGACAAGAAAAGGGUAUCAAGGAUGUCCACAUUGCCCGAGUGGAGCAACUCUCUCCUCUUCCAUACGAGCUCAUCAGCCCCGAUCUCGACAAAUAUGGUAAAGAUACCGAGAUCUUCUGGGUCCAGGAGGAACCACUGAACAAUGGAGCCUGGGUAUACAUUCAGCCUAGACUACAGCAAAUUCUGAAGAGAUCGGAGAAACAUGGGCAUAAAGUACCCAUUUACGUCGGACGUAAACCCAGUUCCAGUGUCGCUACUGGAAGUAAAAAGGCUCACGCCGCUGAAAUUGCGAUGAUCAACGAGCAGGCAUUCGCCCAGGGGUGAGUCAACCACCAGCUCAUCAGUUCAAAACGCCACAAGAAUCUGACUCAUGAUGGUAGCAAUCCUGAUGUCGUCGAUGGCGUCGUGGACGGUCCGGAAGACAAAGUGAUCAAGUCCCAGGCUGGAGAGACGGUUCGUUCUCGGGGCAGGCCUAAGAAGACCGCCGCCUGAAGGGGGGAAGAGGAAGAUAGAUGCAGGAGAAGCGGUUGCAGCUGACUGACACACCUCCUGCGUUGAGGAAUGCUCUCUCUCUCUCUCUUUCUAUUUCUACCUGACGAGGACCACAGCAUUCAUCCAGUGCGAAGCCAUGCAUCGCAUUUGACAGGGACU